UUAGUCCUUACUCCCUCCAUUUGUCUAUUAACCAAAAAAAGCACAUUUUAAUGGGAAAUUGUUUGCGGCAUCAACAGCAUCAAUCAUCAACACGGUGGGCCGGUGACAAAUGGGGCUCAACGGCCUCGGCGGCUAACGACGGUGACGAAGAAAAGGGUCUUCUUGUAAAUAAUCCAGAAAUUGGUUUGAAUGCAUCUCCUUCAGCUAUUCAUGAAGUGAAAGUGAAGAUAUCAAAGAAGCAGUUGGAGGAGUUAUUAGGUAGGGUUGACACAAAAGAAUUAUCAGUACAACAGGUUUUGGAGCAGUUGAUCAAUGUCGGUAAUCAAUACGAAGCAAAUCAACGGUCCUGGAGGCCUGCAAUGCAAAGCAUUCCUGAAGGUGAAUUGAGUUGAUGACGAUCAUAGAUGGUAAAAGCCAAAAAAAUAAAGAAACCUAGAAAAUUUCUCUAUUUUCUUUAGGGAUUUUCUUGGGAAAGUGACAGAACAAAGAAAAUUAAGUUUUUACAGCUUUUGAUAAUCAGUUUGUAAAUAGAAAGAAGAUGGGAUUUUGUUGUAGAGAGUUAAAAGACUUCAAUUUGACUCGUAGCUCCAUUAUUAUUAUUAAAGGCACUUGCCGACUUUGUCUUUCCCGAUAUGGAAAUUUUUUUCAAAUCCUAGUAAAUUUGAGAUUUAUUUAUU